AUGGUUCUCCUCGACGGCUUGCCGGCGCUCUGCGUCCAUUUAGCUUUUGACAAUUUUGCCCAGACACUUGGUGUCACACUAGCAUUGGUAGUUGCCUACCGAUGCUUUGUGCUUCAGCGAGAUGAUCUUCCUGAGUUAAAUCCUCGAAAGCCAUAUGAAUUAACCGACCGCCGCCGCGUGCACGAAUUUGUUCAGAACAGCAAGCAGCUGCUCGCCAAAGGCAGAGAGCUAUAUGCACAUAAACCAUAUAAGCUUAUGUCUGAAUGGGGCUCGGUGGUCGUGCUACCACCCGAACAGAUUGAUGAAUUGAAGAGCGAUCCGAGGAUGGACUUUGAAACUCCGACGACGGAAGAUUCCCAUGGAUACAUAAAGGGCUUUGAUGCCUUCGAUGCCGAUCCCAGCAUGACCCAAGUCGUCACAAAGUAUUUGACCAAGGCUUUGAACAAGCUUACCGGUCCCAUCUCACAUGAGGCUGCUAUUGCUACUAGAGAAGUGCUCGGAACUCAUCCAGACUGGCGUGAACUUCACCCCGCAAAAGAUUUGCUUCAACUUGUUGCUCGCAUGUCUACAAGGGUCUUUCUCGGUGAGGAGAUGUGUCGGAACCACGAAUGGAUUGAGGCGUCGUCCCAGUAUGCUGCUCUCGCAUUCAGCGUUGGAGACAAGCUAAGAAUCUACCCCCGGACCGUCCGGCCUCUGGUACACUGGUUCAUGCCAUCUUGUUGGGAGCUGAGACGCUCGCUGCGACGAUGCCGGGAAUCCUUAAAGCCAUACAUCAAGAAACGAAAAUCUCUUGCGGGAGCAGUGGACGAACAGGGCAAGCCGUUAAAGUUUGACGACUCCAUCGAAUGGUUCGAGCGAGAACUGGGCCCCAACCAUGAUGCAGCCCUGAAGCAGGUAACACUCUCUGUAGUCGCUAUUCACACCACGACCGAUCUGCUCCUCCAGACUAUGACCGAUUUGGCACAGAAUCCGGAGGUGUUACACGCAAUCCGUGAGGAGGUGAUACAUGUGCUUGGAUCUGAAGGGCUUAGCAAGAUCUCGCUGCAUGGCUUGAAGUUGAUGGAUAGCGCACUGAAAGAAAGCCAACGCCUCAGACCUACACUUCUCGGCUCAUUCCGUCGGCAAGCUACCAGCGAUAUCAAACUAAAGAAUGGAUUCGUCCUGAGGAAAGGAACCAGAGUUGUCGUUGAUAACACUCACAUGUGGCAUCCAGAUUACUACACUGACCCUCUCCGGUAUGAUGGCUUCCGUUUUUUCAACAAGCGUAACACGCCAGGGGAGGACAAGAACACACUGUUGGUUAGCACAAGCGCCAAUCACCUCGGUUUCGGCCAUGGUGUUCAUGCUUGCCCUGGACGCUUCUUUGCCUCCAACGAGAUCAAGAUCGCGCUUUGCCAUAUCAUACUCAAGUAUGAGUGGCGUCUUCCAGACGGGUUCAAGCCGCAGCCACUCAAUUUGGGAAUGACUUAUCUAUCGGAUCCCACCAUCAGGAUGAGCGUUAGGCCUCGCAAGCCUGAGAUUGAUAUUGAAAGACUGACGAGCCAAACAGCGUAG